UCUCCUCUCGCGUGUCUCCUCUCACUGCGUGGACGUGUUGAUAACCUCGGUCGUGUCUCGUCGUCCCUGCGCGGACCCACGACACGGUCGCCACGCCUUCGGGGAGACACUUUAAGCCGGCGUCAGCUCUCCUCUUGUGACCGCCGGUGCUCUCCACCUGGGCAGGAAUCUUUUUUUUUUUUCUUUUUUUUGAAAGAGGAACAUAUUUUUUAACCCCCCACUGUCUUACAUCAAAUCACGCCUCUUUGGUUGCGUGGUUGUGCUGCUGCUGCGUGGACGCCUCUUUUUUUUUUGAGGGAUAUCACUUGAAGGAUGGGGACCACAGUGUAGUGGCGCCAGGAAUGCCCCAGACUGUGUGCCCUGGCACCAUGUUCACCACUCCCAGUGGCUUCAGCCCCCAUCUGGCCUGCGCUGAGCCUGGGGAGGAGGAGGAAGAGGAGAACACGCAGGAGGGCCAGGGACCCGCCACUUGCCUGGCGGAUGGGCCUCCCAUCACCUCCGCCUCACUGGAAACCCUCAUCCAGAAUCUGGUGCCUACCGCCGACUACUAUCCCGAGAAAGCCUACGUGUUUACGUUCUUGCUGAGCGCCCGUCUGUUCAUCCCUCCUCCGGAGCUGCUGGCCCGCGUGUGUGAGCAGUGCAUCAAGCAGCAGCAGCUGGACCAGAGCCCGCUCGAUACGGCAAAAGUGCGCAAGUUUGGUCCCAAGAUCUUACAGCUGCUCACGGAGUGGACCGAGACCUUCCCCUCUGAUUUUAAGGACGAGAAGAUGGUCGGACUGCUUAAAGACAUCAUCCGCAGGAUAGCUCCCUGCGAUGAGGCCUACUGGAAGACCCUAAACCAGGUGUUGCAGAAACUGAGCCAGAGGCUGGCCUUGAUGACUCAGGGGGAGGAAAGCAUCGUCAAGGUCUCCCUCAACGCCUCCUCCAUCUCCGACAAGCUCGUGGCCUUCAAGACCAAGUCUCCGCCCAUCCAGAAGGACAUGCUCUCCAUCUGCAACGACCCUUACACACUGGCACAGCAGCUCACCCAUGUCGAGCUGGAACAUUUGAGUUACAUCGGGCCAGAGGAGUUUGUCCAAGCGUUUGUCCAGAAAGACCCCCUGGAUGGAACCAAGCCACCGUGCUUCAGCGAGCAGAAGAAGAAAACCUCCAACCUGGAGGCAUAUGUCAGAUGGUUCAACAGAUUGUGUUACCUGGUGGCCACUGAGAUCUGCAUGCCUGCGAAAAAGAAGCAGAGAGCCUUGGUGAUAGAGUUCUUCAUCGACGUGGCCAGAGAGUGUUUCAACAUCGGGAACUUCAACUCCCUCAUGGCCAUCAUCUCUGGAAUGAACAUGAGUCCAGUGUCCAGGCUGAAGAAGACUUGGGGCAAGGCAAAGACGGCCAAGUUCUUCAUUUUGGAGCAUCAGAUGGAUCCGACAGGAAACUUUUACAACUACAGAACCGCCCUGAGGGGGGCCGCUCAUCGCUCUCAGACGGCCAACAGCAACAGAGAAAAGAUUGUCAUUCCCUUCUUCAGCCUUCUAAUCAAAGACAUUUACUUCCUGAACGAAGGAUGCGCCAACCGACUGCCCAACGGCCACGUCAACUUUGAGAAAUUUGUGGAACUGGGCAGACAGGUCGGGGAGUUCAUGACCUGGAAGCAGAUGGAGUGUCCUUUUGAGGAGGACCAGGCCAUCCUACACUACCUCCACACCGCCCCCAUCUUCAGUGAGGAUGGACUUUACCUCGCUUCCUACGAGAGCGAGAGUCCGGAGAACCAGGUCGAGAAGGACAGGUGGAAAGCACUCAGGUCAAACGUUCUGGGGAAGACAUGAGGCGCUGGCACAUGUCCUCAUUGCACUACCAUGAACUGUGAAGGAACCAAGCUGGUACUUAGGUGUUUUUUUUCUAUGAAGACAAAAUGAUGAACAGGUUUCAUCGAGAAGGUGUGUGUAGGGGGGGGGGGGGGGGGGAGAUGGUCCUACGAUGUGAAAAAGUCAUGAAGCUACUGAACAAAUGAUUAUGUAAUCAUAUUACCCUGAUGUGUUUACUCUGUGAAGACAUGUUUACUACCAUGGAGAGUACAGUUACAGGGAAGACCACCUUCGAACACCCUUGUUUGGUUUUUUUGUUGUGUUUGCUCCUCUUUCCCUUCUUCUUCGGUCCAAAGCCUCGAUGGUUAUUUUAUUUGGCUCGUUACUUUGUGAUGUACUUUAAUGACGUUAAGGGCGCUGGCUAGCCCGUUAUGAACUUUUGUAGGUCUACUGAAGGAAUUACUGGGAAGCAUUUGAACAGUUCUGUCGUGUUUGUGCGCGUGGAGCAUUCGUGUUAUUUAUUGUAUUUUAUUUUGCCGUAUCGGGGAAUAUGAGCUGUUGGCAAAAGUGUUUGUAUCGUGCCAUGAACGCAAGACCAACUCCCAAUUAGUUUAGCAGCCCGGCGUCCCUGAAGUGCGCGUUCGUCCCCUCGUCUUCCUGCCCUUCAGGAGGUUCUCUCUCGACUGAUGUUCAGUCACUACGAUUAUAUUUAUGGAGAUUUCUGUGCUGACAGAUGUAUGGUUUCUAUUGUACGUUUUCCUUUUACUGCAUAUGAAGUGAUACAGCAUGUUACCAUGGGUUAUUCGUCUCAAAAGGGACACAUUGACCGUGUAUUGACUACUGUUACAAGAUGUACAAACCCCGUUUCCAUAUGAGUUGGGGAAUUGUGUUAGAUGUAAAUAUAAACGGAAUACAAUGAUUUGCAAAUCCUUUUCAAGCCAUAUUCAGUUGAAUGCACUACAAAGACAACAUAUUUCAUGUUCAAACUCAUAAACUUUAUUUUUUUUUUGCAAAUAAUAAUGAACUUAGAAUUUCAUGACUGCAACACGUGCCAAAGUAGUUGGGAAAGGGCAUGUUCACCACUGUGUUACAUGGCCUUUCCUUUUAACAACACUCAGUAAAGGUUUGGGAACUGAGGAGACACAUUUUUGAAGCUUCUCAGGUGGAAUUCUUUCCCAUUCUUGCUUGAUGUACAGCUUAAGUUGUUCAACAGUCCGGGGGUCUCCUUUCUGCUAUUUUAGGUGCCACACAUUCUCAAUGGGAGACAGGUCUGGACUACAGGCAGGCCAGUCUAGUACCCGCACUCUUUUACUAUGAAGCCACGUUGAUGUAACACGUGGCUUGGCAUUGUCUUGCUGAAAUAAGCAGGGGCGUCCAUGGUAACGUUGCUUGGAUGGCAACAUAUGUUGCGCCAAAACCUGUAUGUACCUUUCAGCAUUAAUGGUGCCUUCACAGAUGUGUAAGUUACCCAUGUCUUGGGCAC